AAGCUGUUGACGGGGUCAAAGAUGUUGUUGUGCAGGAGCCCUUGCAUGAGUUGAUUAAGUGUCUGGUUGACAUUUAUGACAAUCAUGUUCAAUUUGUGUGGGAUGGUAGUAAAUUUGGUAUUCCAAAUCUAGAUUCAAAGUUGUUCUUAACAUAUGCCAAUGUGAACCAAAUAACAACAGGGGACAAAUGGUUGAACAUAGCCAUACUCCAGUUGUGGACCAAGUAUAUGGAUGAGUGGAGUAGUACCUUGGGUCAUGUAUCGGUAUAUGGAUUCCUUGAGCCUCAAUCAAUACACAACGCAAAGGACAUACGUGGGCAAUGUGAAGAAAAUAUUGGAAAAUGGCUUAAGGAAUCUCAACGACAAGUGUACUUAGGAGCUUAUCUGAAUCAGGCCCAUUGGCAACUGGUUAUUUUGUAUCCUACAAACAAUCAGGUGGUAUGGUUUUGUUCGAUGCGGAAAAGGCCUGAUGUUCAUAUCGAAAUUUCAAUUAACAAUGCAUUUAAGGCAUUAAAGACGACUGAUGACGGAAAAUUUCCUCAAACUACACCCCAGUGGAUUGAAGUUAAGAGUCACAUUCAACGAGGAGGCUAUGAGUGUGGGUAUUAUGUGAUGCAUUGGAUGUGGAACAUAAUUACCGGGGAGUUGAAGACUGAUUGGAGUCUGUGGUUCGGUGAUGGCACGCUACUAGACACGAAGAUGAUCACAGGAUUACAUAAAAAAUGGGUCGAAUAUUUUUUUUAAACUUAGAAGCAUCAAUUGUAAAAAUCAGUAAUUAGAUGACAUGCGGACAUGCAGUUUGUGUUUUUGAUGUGUUUGUUUUAAGUUUUAUAAACAGUUUUGCUGCUGUAAUGAUUAAUAUUUGGCAAUCAAAAUAUAAACACUCUUCAAAGUCCUGGGAAUCAUAGUGUUAUAUAGGUCUGUCACCAUGUUUUUUCAUUUUUGUUUUUGCCAUGCACAAUGUAGAAGAAAUAGAAGUUAGAAACAGGUUUGUUGUCCUUGGCAUUUCUCAUCAUGGUUUAGUUUUUUCACCUCAGCAGUCUUUUUUCCAAGAUACACUUGAUGUACUCUUUCUUUGUAGUAGGUACCAUUUGAUGAUUUUCAACUAAUUAUUGAUGAAGCUGUUGCCAAAGUUGUUGCUGAUUUGGCCCUCAAAGUGGCUAAUAGAAAACCGUCGAUUGAAAAGGUGAAUAAUUUAUUUGGUAAUUUCUAGAGUUAGUACAUGAAAUAAUAAAAACUACAGCUGUGUGUAAACAUGAUUGUCAUUCUGUUGACUAACCCUCUACCCUUGCAAACAGGCAGAUAUAGUGUUAUGCCUUGCUAUAUAGUAGUAGAUGACUGUGUCUGUGUGCGUUUCAUAUUUAGUUUUUGUUGUCGACUCAUGUUUGGCUUAUUAGGUUGUUGAUUUUGGUUCUGGUUUCAUGAAACUAUUUUAUCUAUUUGUCUUGUGUCUAUUUAGUGUUUAUAGGUUCUGUGUGUGUUUUUAGCUAGUUGGGAGCAACAUGUUUCUUUUCAUGUUGAGUGAUUGGGUAGGCAUGCAAAUGAUUCAGACCAAAAGGAAUUGUAUUUGUUGAACCUCCUGCUAUAUCUAUGGCUGCAUUGGGAGAUAAAUUUGGUUCAUCAUUGAUUGCUCAAGCAGCGGAAGUGCAUCUUGGGGUGGUGGUGGUAAAGGAAUAAGAAAGGUUUGCUUCUUGCUUAAUCACUACUGUAGCAUUUAGAGAUUCUUUCCACCCCAUUCAACUCAAAAAUAAGAAAGAAUAGAGGAAAUAAUGAAAUAAUGAAAACUACAGCUGUGUGUAAGUGUAAGCAUGCUUGUCAUUUUGUAGACUAACCUUUUGCCCUUACUUAACUAAUAAUCUAUUAUGAUGUAAAUUUUCAUUUAGUUUCAUGGAUAUUUACUUAUUUACGUAGUUAGGAAUUUUUACUCAAAGGUUUUGAGGCACUUCACUACAAGGUACAUCUUCUCUCCCUCAUGGACAUCUAUGACAAUUAUUGCUUAAAUAAGAUACAUUUAGAGAUGUAUCUGAAACCUCAAUUGUAAUUGGAAGUGUAACUAUCACAACUAGUUGAAGCUUGCUUAACCUUAGAAAAGAUAUUAUUCUGGGGUCUAGUUCAUUCUUUGCAUUGAGCGUUAUUGUCCUUACCAUACCUAACCAUUAAGGGACACUGACUAUCCGUGUUCCCCUGCAAAUCAGUUUAUGUCCUUCUAUGUACACCAUGCAUUGCCUACAAAGGAGAUCAAUCCUGCUGAGAAGCAUUGCAAACAGGCAGAUAUAGUGUUAUGCCUGGGUACAAGGUAAUAACAUCACUUUUUUCUUAUGACUGCAACAAUAUUAUUUUCUUUUUAUUUUUCCUCUAUUUUUUUCAGUACUAUGGUGUCGGUAUGUCUUUUUCUCUAUCCUUACUUGUUUAUCCAGACUUGUAGGGGCUUAAUUGCAUAUUGUUAAAUGGGUCAAAAUAGAACUAGUCUAUUUCUAGACAGAGCUGAUAAUCAUUGGCAUAAGUUUUAUGGAAAAAGCUACUAAAUUUUAGAGGACUCUCCACUAGCUAAGCUGGAUAAAGCUACUAAAUUUUAAGAAUAUGUCAGAAAUUUGGGUGAUAGCAAAGUAGCCAACAAAGGAAACUCCCACUGAUCAAUCAGAAAAGUAGAAUAUAGAUGAAUUAAGCAUAAGACCAUGAACACCUUCUACCACAAGCAAAAUUCUAUUAGCCUUUUUACCUUGUUUAAGGAAAGUCAGAAAUUUCCACAAGCUGUGAACCAUCUUCAAAUAUGUACAUGUUGGUCAGUAAUAUGGUAAAAUCGCGCAACGGAGUAUUAAUUUACUUGUUGGGAGAUUCAUCAUUCUCAUAUUUGGCAUUUGUUUUUCCCUUGACUGGUUGUCAUCAUCAGUAGAUGGAACAGUAGCAGUAAGUUGUCCCAUCUUGUUCUGCAAAUCAGUAAGAGAUUCCUUGGUCACUUUUCCUUUAGGACUUUUCUUUUUGUCCACCAGCUUUAAUUCUAGUAUGUAUAAUGCACAACAAUCCUGGUUGUUGAUCUCAUACUCAUACAAAUGCCACUCGAGAUAACUAAGAGGUUGGGGGUCCAUGUAAUAGGACCUCUUUUGUCCCCCAUGUUCCUUCAUUACCUGCUUCAUUGAUUCAUGCCAACCAUGCCCACUGUAAUCCAGAAGUGAUCUCUGUUUUCUAUUUAAACUUUCAAAUGCCCUUCUAGGCUUGUUAAAGAAGAGCCACUCCCUAACAGUUUCACCCUCAAGAAAAGAAAGAUCAAAGAACUCUGCAACCAAAAAAAUGCUAACAGUUUAAUUAAGAUAAAAAGUAAUAAGCACAGAUAGAACAAUUUCUUCUACAACGCAUUCAAUAGACAAGUCUCUUGCUAGAGUUUGCAAAGCUUUAAUGAAUAUAAUUAAAUAGUGAAACACAACAAAAUUAAUAAACUCCUUGUGUACUCACCUGGAGCAUUCUAGGGGGAUUUAGUUGAAGCAGCACCUUCACAACUAGGGAUGCCCACUUCCUUUCCCUGCGUCUUAGCAAGAACAGCAGUAAACAAAGGACCAUCUUUUACACCAAUUCCCCAAGGUCGCAAAAUUGGGGUCAUGCCAGGAAGACCCUCGUUAUUUGCCAACAGCUCAUGACAACUACUACAGUAGUUCUGGCACCAUUCCACCCCUUGAGCAAGUCUGAAAUAGUCCCAUAGGGCACAUUCUGGGGCUAAGAAAGCAGAAGGUGGAGGGCAGAUAUUUGGAAGAAUGUUAGGUAUAAUAUUCUCUCCAUGUUGCACAUUGUCAUCAGCUUCAAAGAAUUGGCUACAAUCAAAACCUUCUAAACUAAAUUGAGUUGAUUCUGAGUUGUUCUUCAUUUCUGUGUUGUGUCUGAGGUCAUGAUAUAAAUCAAACUGACCCAACAAAUUAGAGUUGUGACCCAUAUCUUGAUUUAAAGUGAAUGGAUGAUAAUCUAACUAUGUCAUAUAUGAGCUAUUAUAAGCAUUGUUGUACAGAGAUGAAGCACAUCCUUCAAAAGUAUGACCUAGUGGUUGGUUAUCAUUAAAAUGCUUCUGCAAGAUACCA